AUUCACACACCCUCUCUCAUAAUACAGUGCACAGCUCGUGAUGUUACGGGAUCUUUUUGUCUCCACUAAUUGUUUAACACCACAGAGACUUUGAGACUGCGGAAGCGAAGACAACGAGGUUUAGCUGCUUGGAGAGGAUGGAGGAAGAUUUGUCACAGGCUUUGAAUUCUGUCAGUCUGGAGCAGAAAAACCGCAAGAUGGACACUUUUGGGCUGUACGUCGUCACGUGGAAUGUGGCCACAGCUGAGCCUCCUGAUGAUGUGAACUCUCUGCUUCAGCUCAACUCCCCGAAGAAACCCGAUCUCUAUGUGAUCGGGCUGCAGGAGGUGAAGGCUGCACCUCUCAAGUUUGUCACAGAUUUGGCCUUUGAGGACUCCUGGAGUCACGUCUUCAUGAACACGCUGGCCCCUUUGGGUUAUAUCAAGGUGUCCUCCAUACGGAUGCAGGGUCUACUCCUGCUUUUCUUUUCCAAGCUGGAGCACGCCCCAUUUAUCAGAGACAUUCAGGUCACUUACACCCGCACAGGACUCUACGGCUACUGGGGUAAUAAAGGAGGUGUGUCCAUCCGUCUGUCUUUCUACGGUCACAUGCUCUGCUUCCUGAACUGUCACCUGACCGCCCACAUGAACUACGCCUCUCAGAGGGUGGAUGACUUUGAGUAUAUUCUAGAUGCUCAGACCUUUGACACCAAAAACACACCACGCAUUUUGGAUCACAAGGUGGUGUUCUGGUUUGGGGAUUUGAAUUUUCGUAUUGAGGACCACGGGAUGCUCUUUGUAAGGAACUGCAUCACCAGCCAGCGUUUCAAUCUUCUUUGGCCUAAAGAUCAGCUCACCAUGAUGAAGCAGAAGGAAGCUACUUUGCAGAAGUUUGAAGAGGGACCUCUAGACUUUCAGCCCACCUAUAAAUUUGAUUUGCACUCAGAUGACUACGACACAAGGGUACAGAAGACAUGGUUUGGUUUUAAUGGGAAGAAACGCAAGCCUGCGUGGUGUGACAGGAUUCUCUGGAGAGUGAAACCCAAGUCCUCGCCAACAGAGGAGGCUAAUGAAGACGGUCACAAUGAAGAGGAGCCAAAGAAACAACUGCAGGAAGAACAUAAAGACGAGUUCCCUAUAAAACUGAGCCAGGAGUAUUACACAAGUAAAAUGGAGUACGGCAUUAGCGACCAUAAGCCUGUCAUCGGCAUCUUCCACUUAGAGUUGAAAAAGAUGUAUGAGACGCCAUUGGUGCAGGUGUCUGCUGAAGGAGAGUGGAGUGCCGACUUUGACGCCCUCAUAACCUACAGCCUUCUUCAGUCCUUUCCCUCCAGUGCCUGGGACUGGAUCGGUUUAUAUAAGGUCGGUUUUAAAAGUGUUUCAGACUAUAUCACGUACACCUGGGUGAAGGAUGACCAGGUGUCUUUCAGUGAUCAGCUCUUUCAGGUUUAUGUGAACAAAGAUGAAAUUCCAGUUCUUGGGGGAGAAUGUGUGCUGUGCUAUUACAGCAGCAGCUUGCAGUGCAUUGUGGGUAUUAGUCAACCUUUCAAGGUGCAGGAAUCCAGAGCGGCGAUUGAAGAGGGUUUAGUGCCUGAAAAUAUCAACAGACUAGAUGAAACGGUAGCCAGUUAAGACCAAGUUUAAAGUGCACAUUGUUUCAUACGCUGUCGAACCACAGCUCAGAUGUCAAACCAAGCAUACCUGCGAAUUCAAGCGAGCGCAAUUUUCAUCCAAAAUUGAUUGUUUUUACUGUUUAUAGGUUUUACUGGUGUGUGAUACAGUGUCUACAGUGUGUUUUCUUUUUUAAUCCAAAAAAUAUUAUAAAUCAAAGCCAGUAUAUUUUAAAACACAGCCAGUUGAUGGGACCAGUCCCAAAUAGAUUGUGGUAUUUUAAGUAAGCACAUGUAAAUUUGUACUCUUAUUAUUGAAAUAGAUUCUAAAAAGUCUUUGAAAAAAGGUUGUUACAAAUUAAGAAAAGCAUACCAGUAAUGUAUUUAAUUAAAUUAAAUUAAUUCAUUAAUUUAAUGAAUAAAUUCACACCGCAGCCUUACUUUUACCACAGUCCCUCAAAACAUUUAGCAUGCAUUUAUCUUGUAACUUUUUAAACUAAAUGUUUUAUUAAUCUACUGUACAUCAGAAUUUCAGUCUUUAUGGUUACUGCUAAUGUUGUCCUUGUUUUGUCGUUCCGUUGCAGACUGUUACACUGUCAAGAUAAGGCUGCAUUUGCACAAUUUAAUUUAGUACUUUUAUGGCACGUGUUUACUUUGUGGAUCUAUUUAUGUUUAUAACUCAUACUGAAGUGGUAUUAUUAUAUUAUUUGUGUCUCAUUGAAAUUGAGUGUGAAUAACUGAAGGAUGUGCAGAAAUGAUACAGUUUGACCAAGUGUAUUUUUGUGGUCAGUACAGUUUGACAUUACUUGUCGUGUUAAGUAUAAGCAGACUCUGCGCAGAGUACUUAAACAUAUUUGUCAAACCAAAUAUGUCCUCUUUUGGCUGAAAGAAUGUGUAUUUGUUAUAAUGUUAGACUAAUGCUAAUGUAUAAAUAGAAUAUAUUUGUAUAAAAUUAUACUGUAUAAAAGGUAAAAGACUAAAGCAAAAUUUCUCUGUAAAGGAAGAGCUUUUUUAUUUUCUAACAACUACAAAUGCAUACUGAUGACAUGAAAUAAAUGUUACUUAAAU